GAUUUCCUUUAUUUUAUACAAGUGUCACAGAAAUGUCAUAAAAGCAUUCAAAACUGGAAAGCAGAGCGAAUCAAAGCAGGAUAAUUCAUAAAAAUAAAAUCAAGUAUAAAAUAUAUCAACAACACCAUGAGCAGUGAAAUUCCUUUGCCAUCGCAAACAGAUGACAACAACAGGAUCUCUGGCUUGGAUGUUCACAUGAUGACCGAAUUUUGGUUUUCCGGCAUAAAGCCGGGCAACAAUUUCAGAGGUCAACUACUGCAGCGCUGUCGCAUCAACAAUAUAGGAGGAUUUAUUGUGUACAACAACGAAGGAAGAGCCUUAGGCAAAAUGUACGGCAAGCGAAAGGACUUGAACGAGUUGAAGGACUGGAUUUGGAACGGUUGCAUUCCGAUACCUUUUUGCAAGCGAGCCACCUUCUCCAAGAACGCGUUGUGCACCGAAGCGGUGAUACCUCCUUUCCAGGAAAGAUUUAUAAGCAAAACCCUGAAGGAGUAUUUCGACAAUGAUUCGGAAUAAGCAAUGACUACUGGGAUAAUGGAAUCAUAGACUACACAAUUGGAUCCGGCUUUAACACGAACAAAAAGUUAAAUACAAAGCCAAUGGCUUCUGGCCAGCAAAACUUGUGUCAUCAAUAGAACCCAUAAUCCAAUAAAAAAAAGGCUUACAUUUGCACAAUUCCUGAUUUUUUUUGGUUAGAGCCUGUCCUUCCGAUGGACAGUCAUAUAACAUUUUUAAUUAUCUACCUAUGUAUGAUAUAUAUACAAGUUUUCCCUCUACCGAAUUAAUCCACAGGGAUUGUACAUAUUGACCUACAUGUGUGCCUUGCCAGUUUUGCCAAAAGCAAGAUUUUAGGCUUAGU